GAUUUGUAUAGCUCGUAAGAUCCCGUGCACUCUGUUUAAGUCAACGCUCCUGAGAUUGAUAACUGAAAUUAAUUAAGAGAGGUUAAGUGAUCUGAUCUAACGCGCUUCUUGCACUUUAUAAGACAGCAUAGAUUAGUACAAGAUAGUUAGAAACACCUCAACAUGAGUCGCCCGUUAAAACCGCUGGACGAGGAGCUGCAAAACAUUCUGCCCAAACUCGACGAGCCUGUGUUAUUUCAAAACAUGUUGAUAACGCCCGACGGGGUCCGUACUUGGAAAUUACUACAGUGGAGCUUGGAUGAAUUGGUGGAAAAGUUCGGCGAGAAGAAGCUACCGUUUCGAGUUGGGAAUCACAACAAGCGUACGUGCGUGCUUCAGCAUCAGCAAUGGUGCGUGAGUCCACCUCCAGAACCUGUUCAGUUGACGCUGCAAGAAUUUCUCACCCUAGAGACAAACAGGCACACGUGGCAUUACUGCGACUACAAGCAUAUAAAGGAGUGGUUCGGCGACAACAAGGAAAUUGUGGAGUCCUUCAAUUGGCUCAAGUUCGGAAUGGACAAGGAACUGGGAAAGAAUGGAAUGCACUCUACCAUCUGGAUCGGGAACAAGGGCGCCCACACUGAUUGCCAUCGGGACACUUAUGGUUACAAUCUAGUGGCACAAAUACACGGCAGAAAACAGUGGUUGCUUUAUCCACCUGGCGCUUCUCUGAUACCAGUUAGACUUCCUUAUGAAGAGUCAACGGUUUACAGCAGAUAUAACCUUUUUUGUCUGAGUGAGGAAGAAAAGGAGUAUUUGUUAGAUAUAUCAGACAAACCGAAAUUAAUAACGCUAGAACCUGGAGAUGUUUUAUUCGUGCCCAAUGGCUGGUGGCAUUAUGUGGAAUCUUUAGAUGACGUCACUGUGAGCGUAAAUAUGUGGGGGAAACUGAAAGCAGAUAAUAGAGCACGACUAGAGGAAGCUUUGGUUAAAUUGAUAAUAGGCAAGAUGGGAGACUAUAAACAAGAAUAUGAAUUUCCGAGCAGGCACAUUACAUCUUAUACAACACUGGUUGAACGCGCUGUUGAAUGCAUAGAAAAGGAGCGGCAGGAGAAAGCGAAAUCAACAAGCGGUCAUAAAAGCUUUGAGAAAAGACUUAAACCUACAAAAAGACCUCAACCUCAACUACAGACUGCAUCAGAAUUAGCCGAGGAAUAUCCGUUUUAUGUUAAAGCCUUACCUGACGCAGACAAAAGCGAGUUCGAAGAAUUUCUUGAAGAAAAACGGAAAAGGGACAGAGAGAAAUAUCCAUCGGAAGAAACAAGCGCAUCUGGAGAUUUCGUACCUAAUCCUCAAUAUGAUUCGUUCUUUGAAUCUAUUAUCAAUGCCUUAUGUCAUCCAGAGGUUAUUAGUAAAGCAGCGGAAGUGUUGCUAGAGAGACACUAUUAAUAAUAAGAAUUAUUAAUAAUAAGAUUUGUAUUAUUUUUUUAUUAACCAAUAACAGUCAUUGUAGGAAACUUGUGGCGAAUUCGGUUGCUUGCACUAGUGCUUGCACACUGAGUGCACGCUAAGGCAUUGUUUAUAAUUCUUAUAUUUAAGUUUGUCUUAAAAAUGCAUGUUCAAAGGGUAUUUAGUCAAAAAAUGAUCCGUGUAAACGUUUUACAGACCAUUUUUCUAAAUAAGAAAUGUUGCAAGAAGUAUUUAAGAUCUCAAAAUAUAAGAAUUGACUGGAAACAAGGCUUAUAGCGAAUUCGAUUGCUCGCACUAGUUCGCACUGAGGCUAGUUUCUGGUAAAUUUUCAUACUUGACUUUGUCUUGAAUACGUGUUCAAAAAGUAUGUGACCAAACAGUUAUCUGCGUAGAUUCUGUAUAGACCUGCAUUUUACUGGCUAUGAAAUAUUUCAAUAAAUAUUUAAAACAAUUCUCAAA